AGGGAUUUUUCGGCCAAAUUAACCGCAGCACAUACUGCGUGUGUGUGCGUGUGUUCAUUCGAAGAAGCAAAAAAUAUGCAACAAGAAUCCGGAGAAGAUAGCUGGUAUGAGGAACAGUGCCAUCGUGAAAUAAACGCCCAAAACGACGAAAUUGAACGCGAAUAUGUACGACAUCGUGAUAGUUCCUUAAGUCAAGUGUGGAGUGCAUUUCAGGACUCUGCCACGGCAGUAGCUCAUCUGUACAGAGAACGAUCUUCGAAUAUUUAUCCUGACACUGGUGCUUUAUGGCUUCCAUUUCAAAGCGCCGCCGGAACGGUAACGAAGCUCUAUGAAGAAUCCUGUGAGGGUGUUAAACGCACCGGCGAUGCAGCUAUACAUUGCGGCUAUCAGAGACGUACACGCGAAUUAGCCGAGUGGGCCCGUAGUGAAAAGCGGCGUAUGAUCCGACGUGAAGACUUAUUAGCUUAUUUAGCUGGCAAACCAUUGCCGCCAUUUACUACCAGUCAUAACAAUCGUCGGUCUCCCAAGCCAGAGCAAUCACUUAAUCAUGGCAGUAAUCCCGAUUCCAUGUGUACUACUUCGUUUAAUUCCCACAAUUCAUUGACUCAACAUAGUCAUAAUCAUUCAAUGCAUCAUCAUCAUUCUAAUUAUCAUCAUCAUCCAGGCGCUCAAAAUACAGCAAAUGAACAUUUAAAUGACUUGCAUACCUUUAAGGAGGCUUUAGUCCUCAAACCAAGAGGUCCCGAACUGUUCGCUUUUGUGGCCAACGAAAUCGUUCGUCAUUGUAAACGUCCGGCUAGUCCUAUUGAUGAUAAAAUGGACGUUUGUCAUUGUAGUAGUAGUAAACGACAACGUUUCAUGUAGAAUUUUAAUAAUUAAAUUCUCAACUAAAACUCAUU